AACUAAGCUCCUUUUGACAACCUUAAAACUAACGAGAUUUCUUUUCGAACUGAACACACCAAAAAACUUUCUCUCACUCCACUAAAGAGCUUUUCUUGAAUAUGGAGAGAAAAAAGUUUGUCACAGUCACUAACCUGCAGGUUUUGCAUUACAAAUUUUCUCAGCAUCACAAACUUUCCUUGUAUUGCAGAAACAGUAGGGAAAUCCCCGAUGAAGUGUGGCUCUGAUGCGUUUUUACGCAUGACAGAAAAUUUUGUAUUGCGAAAAUGCGCAUGAGUGAUCGUGACGAACUUUUUUCCUUUGAUAUUGAAGUGGAUGGCGAACGAAAAUAACUGAAGCGGAAAACUCAGCUACACUGUAUCAAGUGCAAAUGUGUCUCGGUCUGGAAACUUCUGAUGCGGGUUGGUCAAUCAUGAGCACUCGGCGAUGGAUUGGCAGCCCAGCAUGAUAAGAUUCUGACUUGCUAGAAGGUGAUGGUCAUUCUGCACGGCAAACAGUGUUGCUGCAUGACAGAAAAAUGCGGCCUUGGGGUACUGUGCAUGACAGAUUUGCAUUUGCGAAUGCUGCUAGCCGAGCAUGAGAGCUCUUGCAUCUUUCCAGACCCAGACUCAGACAUAUUAAUUUGAACUCGAUACACUACUUAUCUAAACGAAACUCAACGAAUAACGGAGACCGAACUCAAGCCGAAAAAGAAGUUCGGAUAUGCAUUGCACAUUGAUUUGUCUGGGUCUGGAUUUGUAAUGCAAGACUUCAAGGACAAGGACAACAAGAUCAAGAUCUGUGAUGCAUGACUGCGAUUGGUCAUUUUUUUUUUGUCGUGCUGGAAGCGAGAUUGUAAUUCGAAACGCGAAUGGACCCACAAUAAGCUGAGGAUAACUUGUCAUGCUGCUAUACCGUACAAGCGCAAGCAGCCAGUCUGCAAUGCAAGUACAAGUAACACGAGUUUCCAGACCCACACAAGUUUGCAUCUGAUAUCGAACAGCUUUCAACCACUUGACAAACGAACGGAACAACUCUGCAAGCAGAAGGAGACGCGACGGACAAAACUAUACAGCGACCUGAACAACAAAAAGCGGCGUGAAGCUUGCGCCCUUCUCGACGAAUCCUCACACAGAAGCGCAGGACCUGGGCCCAGCGACAGGAGUUUUACCGUAUUCUUCUUGCGCUUCUUUUUUGAUGCUCUUAUUCGAGAAAGAGAAAACUUAACACUGAGAGCCGAAAAGUUUGGUUCUGAGUUUGCGUUUAGUUGUGCGUAGAGCUCGCCUUCCUUCAUUACAUUUGUUUGAAAUAAGUUGUCAUUGGUUAUGGUUUAUUGUGGAGGUUGUGUGUCAUGUGUGGUUUCGGGUUUUCCUCAUAUCGCUCGCGACUGUCGGAAUCAUUAUGCCUGACCCUAGAGAAAGAAUGAUAUUUAUUUUUGAACGGAAUUCAUCCAGGACCCACUGACGACCAAAAGACAGAGCAAGAGCAUCGAACUACGCCCCGGCCAGGUUUUUGCCAGGUACUUACUCACUUUUUGACUUCGCCCGCAAACUUCUUUCAUUGCAACUCGAAGAGCAGCGUGCUUCUUCUCCCUCUUGCUCUUCUGACGCCAAAGAGAACGAAUGAAAUCCGUGUCCUAGGUGACGAGAGAUACGGGAGAAUAGUUGUGUAAUUUAUCACAUGCUCCUGCAUGUUUUUGUUUUUUGAAAGAAAAGCGAUUUGAAAACAUGAUUGAAAACUUUGCAGCGCCAGGGGGUCACUACACGUAUACGAUGGUGGGCACUUUGUUGCAGCUUGCGGCCGUUUACCUCCUGCAGACAUGUCGUCUGGGUCUGGGAUGAAGGUCGCAAAAUUUGUCAUUUUUGUCUCACACGAUUCGGAACUCUGUGAUGCAUUGGCGCGAAAAAGUCGUCUUAUCUUUGCCAGCCAUACUGCAGAAGCGCAGUUUUUUUUUAUGUGGAAUACAACGCAGGGCAUAUUAGGAGCGCAAAAAUUUGUCACGCUUGGCUGCGUAUCGUGGUACACCCGCCAUCAUUCGUUCAUAGACUUGCACUUACAACUUCCCUGACCGAGACAUUUUUGCAGUUGAUGCCAGCGCCUCGUGCGGCUUGGUCGCUGCGAUGGAAGUGCAGAAGAACGACGGUGGGCAAAAAAACCUGCUGAAGCGCGUAUGGCGUGCUCAAAGGAGACAAUCUCAAUUGGAACAAGACAGAGCCGGAAUGUCUCAUGCAAAAGAUAAAAGACAAAAGUAUGAGGCUACUUAUGAACAUUGGAGUAUGGCGCAUUUUUUUCCUUUGCUUCUCCGUCAGGAACUUGUCAUGCAAAAUGUAGAAGAUACCACUGCGAUUAUUUACGUAGGCAGCUGAGGCGCAUGAUUUCAUGUCGGAAGUUGCUGCUGCCUCAAUCUCGUUUGAGAUCGUCGCGGCUGAGCACGCCAUAGCGUGGGCGCGGUGGCGGCGGGACGGGUCAGACUCAGGCUCAGCACAUCACUUCUGAUGGCCCCGACCAGGAAGGACUGGUUGACGACGACCACACUGUCUUCGAACACGCCACGGCUUCUGCUUUGGACGACCCCCCGCUUGAUGAUGAAGGUUAUCCUGAGUAAAAUCGCCUCCAAGGACCCAAAGUUCAUCGUGGCAGCUUUGUUGCACAAGGCCCAGAAGCUCGCUCGAGCUGUUGCGCAUAAGUAGCGCAGUCGUAGGUAGGUUGCGCUGUUGCGUCUUGCGUCGGGUUCUUCAUAUAAGUAAUGACAGAGUCCCAAGAAGCAGCAGGGCAAGUAUAUUGCCCCACAUGAUGGGGCUGCCGCUGCGCAUAUAUAAGACGCAGUCUGGGCAUGCCAAUCCGGAAUGGGGAAUAUGUUGAGGAGGUGUAAGCGUUUUUGCUCAGGAUAAAGUCCCGGCGCUGAACACCACGACGGCCGCGACUUACGGGUUCCUGCAGAAGCGGGAUAUUCCAUAGAAAAACACACACACACACACACACACACACAGACACGAACGUGAUCUCGUUUACAGAAUGCAGAUUAUCUGCAGAUGAAAUAUUUUGUUUUCCUGGGAGGGGGAGCUGAGGCGCCAGAAAGUAAAAAAGAAGAUGUGGUGGCACAUUUUUGCCAUGAAAAAGCCGGCGCUUGAUCAUGUUGAGGCAGCAAGAGGGAUAGCAAUUCAAAAUCCAGACAGUAGUGCCUGCUUGCCGUUCAGAAUAUUACAGACUGUAAAUUGCAACUUCUUCGAGAUGCCCUACUGUUCUUUCAGGAUCUCGGCCAGCAUGAUCUUCAGGGCCAGCAAUUUCAUCGGAUUGAUGUCGGACUUUCCGGUCGCCGUGCUGAUGCAGAUGCUCGCCCAGAUGUCAGUCAAGGCGCUGGCCGGAUGGUGCGACCAGAACUGCGUCGCCGUCUAGAAGACCAACGAUCUGCAGCUGUGUUGGCAUCAUCUAGGCCAUCGGACCCCAAGCGCUGAGCGCCGGGGCAAUGCGAUGCCUCCCUAAAAAACCGGCUGCGUUGCUUGCUUGAUAAAAAUGCAAGCAGGGACAGGUCGCCCGAGUAGAUAGGAAGUCGCGGAUCCAGAUGCUGAUGUACUAGAUGCUGACUUUCCGCCAGCUCCCAAGAAAAGUAGUGCUUUGGUUGUACCGCCAAAAAAAGAACCCGUCAGAGAAUCUGGCGCGUGUGUGUUUUUCUAUUCGAUAAAGAAGGAAACGCCGUUGUCGACCUUGGCCCAAAGCGGCAAAAAAUGGGCCCAAGCAGGAGCCAAAAACUUGGCCCAAGGAGCCGGAAGAUGGGUCCAGAAAAACAAGGGGUUGGCUACGGCAAUUGGUGCAGCUGCAACCGUUGGCUUUGCUGGGAUUGCAGCCGCGCGGCGGCGGCAGCGGUAUUUGCAUACUUGUAACGAGACAGGCUCAGCAUCACACUCACGCAGUUGGUUCGUACCAGCCACAGCGAUCUUACAUAUAUGGUCCAAGUUCAUUGCUUUUUGAUUUCGCAUCGAAGUCCUUCGCUUUCGUUUCUCCCUGUUUGGUUUGCGGCCUAGAGACGCCUGACUGUAUUUAGCAAUCGCGGCAAAUGGUGAAGAAGGCAGAAACGAAGAAGAAGCCCUACCGGCGGCUCACUUGGAAGACGCAAAUGAAUCGGAGGACUCUCGCAAGCAUUGGCGCUUUGGCUUUUUCCUGUCUGACCUCCGAUCGCCUGCCCUUCGUAGAAGUGCUUCCGCUGGCUUCGAGUUAGGAGUCGGCAAUCAGCUGUACUUUGCCAGCCCUGUGACAAGAACUGCGGGGCGCCGGAGUGCCAGUUGAUGGAGAAAAAAGAAAUCGCCGGCAUAGUUGCAAAAAGGCGCGCCGGUCGCAGGAGGGCGGCCGGGCGCUCUUGGGCAUGGCAAGAAGCCAGGGCGGGCCGAUCAAGAGUAGCAUGGGCCAGCGCGACGUUACAGCGCAUGCUGCCGGCAAUUGGCCUAGCUGCUUUUCCAUCCGCAGCAGAAGCAUGACCACCAGCGCGGGAAAAAUGCUUAGAAUAGAACCCAAAUGAUGUCCAUGUCCACUGGCGCUCUUUGUUUGUAGUUGUAUGGGCCGCGCUGGGGGGUAUGUUGAGUCUUUCGCCUUUUCGUCGCCACUUGGGCAAUUAUGUGUCCUGGAUUUCUGCGGCUUGCGAAACUAUGAAGCCCAACUUUGAUGGAAAUAAAUACAGGAAGCGGCGAGCAGCUGCGCGAGCUCGGGAAGCCGGAGCUGCGGGCGCCGAGCGGUAUCUUUGUUUCGCGUUUAUCUCGUUCAUCUUGUCAACACCUUGCUUCCGCUCUAGAUGCGAAGCAACCUCAUUGCUUUUGUAAAGCGUUUCUGUUGCCAGUUGAUGGCCCUUCACGUACCUGCAAGAAGGCCCGGCUUUCGUGGGGAGGUAGCGAUAGAGAUUUUUGGCAAGAGCAGCCUGGCCCCACGCGCGUCAGCGCAUUCUGGCAACCUGCGGCGGUUGUAUCCGCAUCAGAAGCAUAACUAUGGAUAGUAGACACUUAGGGAAAAGUGUGAGGCCAUAUGUCAGCGACGCUUUCGCUUGGCUUUUUCUACCCUGUUCAAUGUCGUGCCUCGCUGGCGGUCCCUGGGAAGAGCCGCCUGCAUCUUCCUAGGAUUAUCUGCCUAUGUUGCAUGCCCCUAGGAAAAUCCUCCGAAGCACAGUAGGAUACGCUCUGCGUCAUUCUUUCUCGAAGUUUGGCUCUCACUUCUCCGGGGCCCGGCCCUCUGACAAGAACUGGGGGGCGGCGGAGACGGAGCGUUAGUGGGGGACAGAAGAAAUCGCCGGCGUAGUUUUAGUAGAAAAAUAAAAAGGCGCGCCAGAGCCAGUCGCAGGAGGCCGCGCGCCCUUGGGCAUGCAUGGGCAGAAGCCAGGGCGGGGCAAUCAAGAGCAAGAUGCGUGGGCCAGUGCGCAACAGCGCGCGCCACUGCUGGCAAUCACCCUAGCCAUUUUUCUAUCCGCGGCAGAAGCAUGACCCCCAGCGCGAAGGGAUAUGAAGUGUAAACGAUGCGUAUCCCCGCUGGUGUUCUUUGUCUGUUGUAUUAAUUUGUUGGGCCUGGAAGCAAUAUUGGGCGGCAGUGUGUGGAGUGGUCCGGGCAGCCUGUGCACCUUAUCGCCGCGCGAGGAUGCUGCGUUCAGAUCCUGUUCUUUUUCUGUCUUAGUUUUGCUGCGGGCGCGGGCGGCGCGCAUGCAGAGCCAGCCAGCGGCGCAGGGAUAAUACGCACAGGGGAAUAGAAGUAAAGUGGAUAAAUAGCCGCCAUCGGCGGGGCAGCUAGGGUGAAGAGGAAGUGAUGGAAAGUCAGUGGGCACGCUCUGUUGUCUGCGAAGCUUAGUCCCAGUCUAAAUCCAUAGCCCCAAGCCCUACUGCCUGUUCUUUUUAUACUUUUGGUUGCUCACCAAGCUAGCCACAGUCUGCGGCGUGUCUUAGCGUGCCCCGGAGCGUAAUUUUUUAGCGAAUCCUGCACACCCAGCAAAACUGCCGAAAGACAUAGAUAGGCGCCAGGGAGGAUGGUUUCCGUAAAAUCCGCUUCCGGGGUGCCGCCGGGCUGCAGAAGUUCCCUUCAUUCCAGGGGCCGCGCGGUGUUUCGCUUUAGAGGCCAGACCCGCAGCCGGCCUCCAGGCUUUUCGACAGCCACGGCGGAUCCGAAAGAAAAUAGGAGCUAGCAAGUGCAAAAAGUGUUACUUCUAGAGGCUGCGCCCUUUUUCGGUUCAGAUUGGAGCCUAGCUCGCGCCACGAUGCGGCACCCCAUAAAGAAAAACGUAGAGGCCGCCACUUCGGCCUCCUGCCAACCAUUGCCAUGCAUCAGCUUGCCACACUCCGUAGUGCCCCGCACUCUCUCACCCGCCCGCCUCCCAUUUGCUAUCCGCAGUGCAACAUGAGAAUGCAAACCAUAUCCCCGAUGCGAUACAGGGGCGGCACGCUGGGUGGUGCUACUCCGGAUCCUGCCUACGUGGAAGAGCGCUCGACGAAGCUCCAGCGCGCCGAGAACCUCGCGAACUCGCUCAUGACCACGGGCGAAGGGCCCCAGGAAGUGCUCGAUCAUGCCGUGCGCGAAGGGCGCCAGGAAGCAGGCGCCGAGCUCGAAAAGCGGUUGCAAAAUGUACGGGAAGCGGAAUCGCCUAAGCAGUUCUUCGACCGUUUGAGCGAGUUCUGUUCUGCGGCGGCCAAGCUCGCAGGGAUGAUUCCUGCGAGCGCUUGGGGAAACAGGCAGUGGGAAGCGACCACGAAAACGGAGAUCGGGAGCCUCCGCCUCGAUGCGCUCAGCGCAUCGAUGCGCUUCGGCUGA